AUGGGUUUCCGUUUACCUGGUAUUAAACGAGCAUCCAAGGGAGCUGAAAUCCCAAAAGGUUUUUUUGCAGUCUAUGUUGGAGAUAACAAAAGGCGGUUUGUGAUUCCUAUAUCAUUCUUGAACCAGCCUACUUUUCAGGAUCUACUGAGUCAAUCAGAAGAAGAAUUUGGAUAUUCUCAUCCAACGGGUGGUCUCACAAUUCCUUGUACGGAGGAUGUGUUCCUGAAUGUCACUUCUAGCUUCAAUGGGCUAUAUGUCAUAUUGUCCACGAGCAAAACUGAGAACCCUAAUUUAUCUGAGACAGCCUUAGCCACUGGCUUGCUCUUUGAGACAUUUGAAAUGGGUUUCCGUUUCCCUGCAAUUAGAAGGGCUUCAUUUACUGGUAGCCAAUCAUCUUCAAAAGCUGUAAACAUGGCAAAGGGGUAUUUUGCAGUGUAUGUAGGAGAGAGAAUGAAACGGUUUGUGAUCCCCAUGUCAUACUUGAACCAACCUUCAUUUCAAGACUUGCUGAGUCAAGCAGAGGAAGAAUUUGGAUACAAUAAUCCGAUGGGUGGUCUUACAAUUCCUUGCACAGAAGAUGUUUUUUUGCAUGUUAUAUCUAGCUUGAAUGGGCUCUAA